AUGGAACUGGAGACUAGUUUACAAGGACUGAGUAAUAUAUACGAUGGAGUAAAGGUAGCAUGUGACAAAAACAAAACGGAUAUUAGUGAGAUAAAGUGCGCUCUCGCGGCUACAGAGCGUAAUAAUAAUGAGUUGAGAAACGAGAAUUUUCAAGGAGACACAAAUGACGACAUUUUUGAGGUAAUAAACAUUUCCAAACGCCAAGACAUUAUUUCACACAGCCAAGGUGAACACUGCUCAGGUGAAGCCCACUGCGACACGUCGGGAUUCGUGUUACGUGAGUCGGUAGCUUGUAUCGAACGCGACCUUAUCACUCUCCGAGGAGAGCUCGUUCAAGACAUUGACUGUGCGGUUAACAAAACAAACGAUCAAGCCAAACAGAUUACAUCCCUUAAAGAUGAAAUAUCCGAUCUUAAAAAACAAUUUACAGAGCGAAAUAAACAUUGCACUUCACUACAACAACAAAAGAAACAAAUGGAAAGCAAAAUUAAUUCUCUUCAAAACGAUUUAGAGAAGCAAUCAAGAGACAACAAAACUGUUUUAAAACAAACUCUUGCUGAAUUUAAAAAGGUUUACGACCAAAAUAAAAUGAUAAGGUCUGAAUUUGAAUCACAAAAUAAAGAACUAAAUCGUGUGGUCAGUGACCUGUCAGAAGCAACAGAGCCGUUGAAGAACAUCCCACUCUUAUUAAAUAAACUUAAAACAGCACAGGACGCCCUCAAGACAAAUGUUGACCUUAUUAAAAAACGAGUUGAUAACGGUUGUCUGAAUAUACGUCGUCUCGAGGACGAGAAGAGCUUGGGUGUUUCGUCAAAAGUGAUAUUAAUAAAUUCAAAAGUGAAAGACAUUGAACAAAGUGUUGAAAGUAUGACAGAUUUAAUCAAAUCAGUCACAACAUCAACUACCGAUAUAAGAAAACGUUUAUCAAACGUUGAAAAGGACGUUAAAUGCGACACAAAAAAGACAACUUACUCUGAGGCAACGAUCUCGAUAACCAAAUCACCCCCAAAGUCUCAAACACCUAUGAACUAUACAUGGGACCAACCUACACAUAAUGUCCAGCAUUCUGACUGUGUGCAAAUUACGACGGAGUCGCCUAACCGCACCAUUUCAAAAGACAGAAAUGUUAGCCCUGACGAUAAUGUAGAAACUGUCAUCAAGCCUACACAGACUGAGUCAGACAUACUCAUUUCUCACGACAACAACAGCAUUGAAAAUUCGCCUGAUCCAUCUGUACCUAAAGUGACGUCUGCGGUAAACAACGGUACAACACGACGAGAUCACGAGAACACGGCCACCGAGAUUGGCAAGAACAUCGGGGUGUGGAUCCCUUCGGACCAAUGCUGUGCAACUCUGCCCUUACAAACUGAAUUCAGCGGGGUAUCAAAACAAAGAAUAGCUCGGUUUUACAUCGCCGGUAUAAACAAGUCAUCUACUGAGACCGGACUACGAAACUUUCUCAGCGACAAAGAGAUGUACAAGCAAGCAAAAGACAUAUUUCGAUCAAAUCUAAACAAGGCGUACUUGAGCCACAAGACAGAAACAUAUGCUACCUUAGAUGAGGCGUGUAAUCUCAAUCAUAAGUCGCUUUGGGCUAAACUGAGGAACAAAAAGAAAAGUAGUUCUAUCAUGUCUCUCAAUAUUGCCGACAAAACAAUUACUCACCCCGAAGAUAUUUGCAAUGCCAUGGCAGAUCACUUUAGCAAUGUAUUUAGUGAUACGACAGCAAACCAUUUUGAUGACAACUUCAAAUCCAAAUUGGCGGAAAACGUACCUAAAUUAGACGACGAGACAGAAGAUUUGUUACGUAAAUACGACCAGCAAGUUAGCGACGUACCGAACCGCGAGCUUGACUCUGAAAUAAUAGAGAAGGAAAUCCUUAAUGCUGUACAUAAGUUAAAGACGAACAAAUCCAGUGGGAUUGACAAGGAAGACCAGAAGUGA